CGUUCAAUGCUUUGUUUACCCAAAACAACGCGCGUCUCUUCAAAAAUGUCUCAAAAAUCGCAAGAUUUGUCCCUAAAAACCCGUCCUGGAUUCGAAAAUGUCAUUCAAUGUCCUUACAAUCCUCGUCACGAGAUUUUACCGUAUCGCAUGCAAACUCAUUUAGUCAAAUGUGAACGAAAUCAUCCGCAUAUCAAGUUGGAAAAAUGUCCUUUCAACUCUACUCAUCGGUUUCGCUCAAAACAAAUGCAGGAACACAAGAAAACCUGUCCAGAUCGCCUCAGUUUCGAGCAUUAUGUAAUAAAAAUCGGAGAUGAAUUUCCGCAACACAAAUUAAUGGAUGUUAAGAUGCCACAACGACCCAUUUUCAUCUUUGAGGACGAAGAGGAGUCAUGGGAUCACUUCAAUGUGGCUUCGUAUGAUCCGCAAGAACAUGUCAAGUCAAAGCCGAUAUUGCGACUGAACAAUGGAAUGACUCGGAUUGAACGAGAACGCUUCAGAGCGGCAGAAAAUAAGAGAAUUUCUGAAUUGCUGCAGGCUGAGGGGGAGUUUGAGGAUGAAAAUGAAGCUAAAAUCGAAGAUUUUGUAAAGAAUGAGGAACAAAAUCUCCUAAUAUCGAAAGAAAAUGUUACAGAAAAGGAAGAAACGCAAGUCAAAGGAACAAAACGCUGCUUGUCAAACGAUUCUUACGAACGUCGCACGUCUCGUAGAACUCGUUCGCAACAAUUUCUGUCGAAAAUCUCCAAAAAUCAGUCUUAAACUAAUUUUUUUUGAAUAAAUUUUAAAUUUUUCUCAUCAUUGCUA